AGCCAGCCAGCUAGCUAGCUAGCAAGCAAGUGCGGGAGGCGGGCGGGGAAGGCGAGCCGGCUGGCUGGCUGGCCGGCCAGCCGGAAGAGGAGAAAGAGCUGAAGAGCGAGAAGGAGAAGGGAGGGAAAGAAGGCAGAGGCGACGGGGCCGGCACCGCUGCCACCAUCACACCUCCUCCUCCGCUACCGUCCUUUCCGGGAGGCUGCGACUCCUCGGCCUGGCGGGCCCCCAGACAUCCAAUCGGUCGGCCAUGCCGAAUAAAAACAAGAAGGAGAAGAGUCAGGAACCUCCAAAAGUAGGCAAAAGUGGCAAAAGCAGCAAAGAUGUACAAGAUAAUCUGGAUAUUGAGGUCUCAUGCAAAAAAUCGAAUACUGUAUCAUCUGCAACACAGUUAUCUAAAAUCAAAGUAACCUCUACACAAGCUGCAGCAAAGAAAGAAAAACGGCAGAGUUCUUCAAAAUUUAGUAUUACAAGUAAUAGAGAACUCCAAAAACUGCCAGCUUUAAAAGAUGUUCCCCCCGCUGAGCAAGAAAAGCUUUUUAUUCAGAAAUUGCGACAAUGUUGUGUCCUUUUUGACUUCGUUUCUGAUCCACUAAGUGACCUGAAAUGGAAAGAAGUAAAGCGAGCAGCUUUAAGUGAAAUGGUAGAGUACAUCACACAUAAUCGCAAUGUAAUUACUGAGCCUAUUUACCCAGAAGUAGUACAUAUGUUUGCAGUUAACAUGUUUCGCACACUACCCCCUUCGUCCAAUCCAACGGGAGCAGAAUUUGACCCAGAGGAAGAUGAACCAACUCUAGAAGCUGCCUGGCCUCACUUACAGCUUGUAUAUGAAUUUUUCUUAAGGUUUUUAGAAUCUCCAGAUUUCCAACCUAAUAUAGCUAAGAAAUAUAUUGAUCAGAAGUUUGUAUUGCAGCUUUUAGAGCUUUUUGACAGUGAGGAUCCUCGUGAAAGAGAUUUUCUUAAGACUACUCUGCACAGAAUAUAUGGAAAAUUCUUAGGCCUAAGAGCUUACAUCAGGAAGCAAAUUAACAACAUAUUUUAUAGGUUUAUUUAUGAGACAGAACAUCACAAUGGCAUAGCAGAAUUACUGGAAAUAUUGGGAAGUAUAAUCAAUGGAUUUGCCUUACCAUUAAAAGAAGAGCACAAAAUUUUCCUUCUCAAGGUAUUAUUACCUUUGCACAAAGUAAAAUCACUCAGUGUCUAUCAUCCACAGCUGGCUUACUGCGUAGUUCAGUUUUUAGAAAAGGACAGCACACUUACAGAGCCAGUGGUGAUGGCGCUACUCAAAUACUGGCCAAAGACUCAUAGUCCAAAAGAAGUUAUGUUUUUAAAUGAAUUAGAAGAAAUUUUAGAUGUUAUUGAACCAACUGAAUUUGUGAAGGUUAUGGAACCUCUUUUCAGGCAGCUAGCAAAGUGUGUCUCAAGUCCACACUUUCAGGUGGCAGAACGAGCACUAUACUACUGGAAUAAUGAAUAUAUUAUGAGCUUAAUCAGUGACAAUGCAGCUAAGAUUUUACCCAUCAUGUUUCCAUCCUUGUAUCGAAAUUCAAAAACUCACUGGAACAAGACAAUACAUGGCUUGAUUUACAAUGCUCUGAAACUCUUCAUGGAAAUGAACCAAAAAUUGUUUGAUGACUGCACUCAGCAAUUUAAAGCAGAAAAACUUAAAGAAAAGCUAAAAAUGAAGGAACGGGAAGAAGCUUGGGUCAAAAUAGAAAAUCUAGCCAAAUCAAAUCCUCAGUACUCAGUAUAUAGUGACACCUCUCUAGUGAGCAGUCCAAUGGAAACAGAUGGGCCUUUAAUUGAAGACUUGCAGGUGCUGACAAAGGGAGUGAAGGAAGAAGCUUGUCCGGGACAGACUGAGCAAAAAAGGGAACGUCCUAUGGUACGGCGCAAGUCUGAAUUGCCUCAGGAUAUCUAUACCAUGAAAGCCUUGGAGUCUCAUUGCCGAGCUGAGGAUCUACUAUCACAUGAUGGGCAUUAGACUAGUCAAGUGAUAUCUUAUUUGGAGAAAAACAUUUUUUUCUGGACUCUGUUCUGCAGUAGAGAACUUACCUUUUUUUGUGCCAUACUGAUCAGUUACACACAAGUCAAAGCUUUUGUUCAACCCCAUUCUGUUAGGCAAUAAUUUCAAUACAGUGUAAGCAGCUCAAGAUAAGUAGUUCAAACAAUGGUGAAUUACCUAAUUCUGUAAUCAGAAACUUGAGUUGAUUAGUAUUAAACAAAGACAUUUUCUUGGUGCUGUUGGCAUAGUACCAACCAGUGGGAAGCAUGCAUUUUCUCCAGUUAUUGUUGAAAGGAGAACAAAUUAUCAAGCACUGCUGCUGAGCAACCAUUCAGAUAUUUCAGGCCUCUUCAAACAUAUUUGUUUGUAUAUUAAAAGCUCUAUAUAGAAAAAGGCAUGAAACAAUAAUGUCUAUCAUGUUUCAUAUCCGUACAUGUGCUAGUAAAUUUAAAUUGGUUGCAGUUUCAGGUUUUUGUCCAUAAUAUCCAUGUGCAUACAAUGAAAUGCAUGUGUGACAAUCUACACAGGAGUUCCAUGUUUUUUCCUAUUUCGAUCAGCUUAUAACGAGGAUAAGAUGAAGUGACUUUGCAUGGCUUUUCUUAUGUAAGUCCACUGAAAUAAUGAAGGUUGCCAGACCAGUGCCAGAUGAACGGAGCCUAUUUUCUUUCUCUCUUUCCUCUGUCCACCUCUGCCUGCCAUUAGUACCAUGGCAAUGGUCAAAGUUCUCAAUUCAUAUAACUAUUGAGCAUUUUAUAAAUCUGGGGAGAAAAAUACCUGAAGAGAAAAAAAAAUGCAUCACUGCCUUGAUAUAUUCUGGCAGUUUGGAAAGUUAUUAAUUCUUUAUUACAGAAUGGUAAUUUUUCAUGACAAUCUUAAUCACGUCUAAUUUCUAGAAAAAUGGUUAAAUCCAAAUUUGGUUCCAGAUAGAAGACACUGUUGGUUGAGUACUUUGUAUGGAUUGAAGCCAUAUUUUCUGGUCCGUUAGCAUGAAGUACAAAAUUAAUAUUUUGGAACUGAACUGGUAAAGAAGUUGUGCUCCUAAUAAUAAAAAUAUGUCUGCCUUGGCUAAAAGUAAAUAACAUUUUUAAAGAAAUUGCAUAUAUCUCUUGAUUUCAGAAUUAAUUAUCAAAAUGGCUUUCCCGUUUUUCUCUCUCUUUUUUUAAAGUUUUUAGUGUAUGGAGUAUGUUACCUGCUAAGAAUUGUUACAGACAUCAGGACAUAGAUUAAUUUGGAUACCUUUUCCUGGCUGUUAUUGUUUAGAGAGAGAGAUGCAUCUUAAAAAAUUUAGCAUGGACAAAUUCCUUCUAAUAACAUUCCAACUUUUUCAGAUACCUAUUUUAAAAGCUGAGAGAUUAGCUAUAGUAAUUCUACUGUCAGUAUAUAUUUUGAUGAAAUAAGUGUACACACCUCCAGAGAAAAAGAAAACCCAUCUAUAUUACUGUUGAUCUUCAAAUGCUGCUAUGUAUUCCAUAACAUAGCUUGCACGUUAUGAGUUUUCUUUUAUCUCUUCUAGGUGGGAAAGCACAAAUUUUCAAAAAAAUGUAUUGUGCUUUGUCUUUAAUAUUUGAUUGCUCUCAGGGUAGCCAGUAUUUUAGACUUCAAGAGCAGUUUCAAAUCAAUUUGAUUUAGAAUUAGUUACUUUUUUUUUCUUAUCUCUACCACUAACAAAAUUUGCAAUUUCUUUAAAAUAGUUCUUUUAACUGAUAUAUCUUGAUCCAUAAUAAAUACUUUGCAAAGCAGGCAUUUUGAGAUCAGGGCCCUGGUUGGUCUCAAAUAUGAAAUGUCCAAGGUAUAUUGUGAAAAUUAAGAAUAGAUCAUAUCAGGUGAGAAUGAUGGGAAUUAGUGAUAAGAAAAAACUGAAUAUAAAGACCACUCCAAGCUUCAAACAAAAUA